GGUUAAUUUUGAGUCAUCCAAGCUCCGAGAAGUAGAACAAUUUGAGAAAAAAAUUCCUCCGCCGCUGCGACACAGAAAAAGACAACUUCGAGUGUGCUGUUUUUUCCCCCGUUGUGUCCUGGAUAUAAUCAACGAUAUAUGGGGUAGUACGAAUUUUAUAAAGCGAUUAUAGACAAUCAGAACUUAGAUGUAAGCGUUUAAAAAGCUUUUGCCAUCGUUUCAGCCCGACAAUAGAUCCCCUCUGACUUCAGCGGAAGGAUACCUGUCUUGUGCCUCCCCGUAGGGACUUCAGUGAGUAGUGAGCGCAGAGAGGUGGGAGACUUUUCAGCGCCGUGUGUGACUUGUAAAAGUGAAAUGUAUGUGUAUUUUUAAGUUUUUAACCUAAAGACAAAGAGGUCACACGUAAAAAAAAAAAAAAAUCAACUAAAAUGUUGUAACUUGGCACAAGAAGUCGUUUUUCAUCUUUCUAGUGCGUGAGGCAUUUCCAGCGAGACUUUUUGAGAACUAACCGACCGGGGAGACAGCUCAACUUUGGGCUGGCGACCUUAUGUGGAUUAUACCAAAAUAUGGAGCCGAUACCCGGUUUAUCCUCGGGCAAAUCACUAGUCUUCGUCUUCUGCUUCAUUCAGCUUUCUCUGGCUCUGCAGUGUGUGGACAAUAAGGCGCCUUGUGUUAACAAUGCUACGUGUCUAACCUUCAGCAAUGGCACUGGAUACUGCAGGUGUGCUCCAGGCUUCCUGGGUGAAUACUGCCACCAUAAGGACCCAUGUCAUCCUGGAUACUGCCUGAAUGGGGGGAACUGCUCUGUGUCUAUGUCAGCUGGUGUACCUGUACCAGGCAGCGCCAGCUGCACCUGCCCUCUUGGUUACACUGGACAGCACUGCCAAACUCCACAGAACUCCACGUGCUACCCCAACAACCCCUGUGCCAACCGAGGUGUCUGCACCCUGCUGUCCCUCGACAAAUACACGUGCGAGUGUGCCAGAGGAUGGACAGGACUGCGGUGUGAGCAUGAGGACAGCUGUCUCUCUAGUCCCUGUGCCAAUGGUGGCAAAUGCAGCUCUUUGUCAGGUAGCAGCUACACAUGUACCUGUCCUCCUGGCUACACAGGUCUUCGCUGCCUCAAUGACACAAAUGAAUGUGCAGCCACACCCUCUGUAUGCCAGAAUGAAGGAAUGUGUGUCAACACCCCUGGCUCCUACAAGUGUAUUUGUGCCCCGGGGUUUACGGGCCGACACUGUGAAAGCUCAUACAUCCCUUGCUCACCUUCACCAUGUCUAAAUGGAGGCACCUGCCACCAAAAUUCUGAAACCAGCUACUCCUGCCACUGUCUUCCAGGAUUUAAUGGGACAAACUGUGAGAAUAACAUCAAUGACUGCCCAGGUCAUCAGUGUGCCAAUGGAGGAACCUGUAUGGAUGGAGUCAACACCUACAACUGUCAGUGUCCCCCAGAGUGGACUGGUCAGCACUGUACAGAGGAUGUGGAUGAGUGUCGUCUGCAGCCGAACACAUGCCAAAAUGGAGGGACCUGCAGCAACCUUCUCGGCAGCUACGUCUGUGUGUGCGUCAAUGGAUGGAGUGGACCGGACUGUUCUGACAACAUUGAUGACUGUGCAACAGCUUCCUGCAGCGCCGGCUCAACAUGCAUUGACCGAGUUGCCUCUUUUCUCUGUCUCUGCCCCCAUGGAAAGACAGGUUUACUUUGCCAUAAAGAUGAUGCCUGUAUCAGCAACCCGUGUAGAGAGGGCUCUCAGUGUGACACCAACCCUAUCAGUGGCAUGUUCAACUGUAACUGUCCACCUGGAUAUGUAGGCAGCACCUGCAACAUCGACAGAGACGAAUGCAGUAUUGGUACCAACCCCUGUGAGCAUGGCGGUCAGUGCGUGAACACUGAUGGCUCCUUCACCUGCAACUGUGUUAGGGGUUACGCUGGGCCACGCUGUGAACAAGACGUCAAUGAGUGUGCUUCAAACCCCUGCCAGAAUGAUGGAACAUGUCUGGAUCGCAUUGGGGACUACACAUGUAUCUGCAUGCCCGGAUUUGGGGGGACUCAUUGUGAGAUAGAGGUGAAUGAGUGUCUCAGCUCACCUUGUCUGAACCAGGGUAAAUGUCUGGAUCAGGUCAGCCGCUUUGUCUGCGAGUGCCCAGCAGGCUUCAGCGGUGAAAUGUGUCAGAUAGACAUUGAUGAGUGUUCGAGCACACCUUGUUUAAAUGGUGCCAAGUGUAUCGACCGACCCAACGGAUACGACUGUGAAUGUGCUGAAGGCUUUACUGGUCUACUUUGUGAAGAAAACAUCAAUGACUGCAUGCCCGAGCCGUGCCACCAUGGUGUGUGUAAGGAUGGCAUUGCCACCUUCUCCUGUGAGUGCCAGCCUGGAUACACUGGCCUGAUCUGUAGUUCCCAGGUCCUUGAGUGCCAUAGCAACCCUUGUCAGAACCGAGGACGCUGCAUUGAUCUGGUUAAUGCCUACCAGUGUAACUGCCUACCAGGAACUUCAGGGGUGAACUGUGAGUUCAAUGAAGAUGACUGUGCCGGCAACCCCUGCAAGUAUGGAGAGUGCCAGGAUGGCAUUAAUGAGUACAAGUGUGUGUGUUCCCCGGGAUACACAGGAACUAAAUGUGAAGUGGAAAUCAAUGAGUGUAACUCAAACCCAUGUAUGAGUGGGGGAACCUGCAAGGACAAUAUCAACGGGUUCCAGUGCCUGUGCCCACCCAGCACCCAUGGGCCUCUGUGCCUCUCUGGGACUGACCACUGUGCACAUCGCCCUUGUGUGCAUGGAGAUUGUAUUGAACAGCAACAUGGGUACCGUUGUGAGUGUCAAGCUGGCUGGAUAGGACAAAAUUGUGAGCAGGAAAAGGAUGAGUGCCAGCCCAGUCCAUGCCAGAAUGGUGGCACCUGUGUGGACCGACAUAAUGGCUAUAACUGUCAGUGCCAAUCUGGAUUCUGGGGUGUGAACUGUGAGAGGAACAUAGAUGAAUGUGUGUCUGGCCCCUGUCUGAACCACGGCAUUUGUAUUGACGGAGUCAACAGUUACACUUGUCAUUGUAGUCCACCAUUCACAGGUAAACACUGUGAGGACGAGCUGGUUCCCUGUGCUUCUCAUCCAUGUGAGAGGGGGGGAGUGUGUCGUCCAACUGCAGACUACACCUCUUAUACCUGUCGCUGUCCUGCUGGGUGGCAAGGUCCACGCUGCACUGAAGAUGUGAAUGAAUGCAAAAAGAAUCCUUGCAAAAAUGGUGGUCAUUGCAUGAACAGCCCAGGCAGCUACAAGUGUAAAUGUCAACCUGGAUACAGCGGCCACAACUGCCAGACAGAUAUUGACGACUGCUCACCCAAUCCAUGCUUAAAUGGAGGUACCUGUGUGGAUGAUGUUGGGAGUUACACCUGUGACUGCCGCCCCGGUUUUGAAGGGGAUCGCUGUGAGGCAGAGGUAGAUGAGUGCGCCAGCCAGCCCUGCCAGAACGGGGCCGUCUGCAGGGACUACGUCAACAGCUUUGUGUGCGAGUGCCGACCAGGCUUUGAUGGAAUCCUGUGUGAACACAACAUCCUAGAGUGCACUGAGAGCUCAUGCCUUAAUAAUGGGACUUGCAUUGAUGACAUCAACACCUUUUCAUGCCGUUGCCAUCCUGGUUUUUACGGGGUGUUCUGUGAGUUUGAGAAGAAUGAGUGUGACUCUCAGCCCUGUAAGAAUGGAGGCACCUGCACUGACGGCCUGGGCACUUACCGGUGCACCUGCCCUGUGGGAUACAAUGGACAGAACUGCCAGAACUUUGUGAACCUGUGCAGCAAGGUGCACUGUUACAACUCCGGCUCCUGCUCUCAGACAGCAACCUCCUGGACCUGUCACUGUAAAAUGGGAUGGACAGGACUUUACUGUGAUGUUCCUAACAUGUCCUGCCAGAACUAUGCUGCCAGGGAGGGUCUGGAAGUGGAGAGUGUGUGUAAGAAUGCUGGGCGGUGUGUGAAUGCUGGCAAUUCCCACAAGUGUCAGUGUCAGCCAGGAUACAUGGGCAGCUACUGUGAAGAGAUGGUCGAUGAGUGCCAGUCAAACCCGUGUCGCAAUGGAGCUACAUGCAAGGACUAUCAGGGCACAUACGAGUGUUUAUGUAAGCCAGGCUUCCAGGGUGUGAACUGUGAGUAUGAUGUUGAUGAAUGCCACUCUAAGCCGUGCCACCAUGGAGGAACCUGUAUAAACCUCAUCAACCACUUCAAAUGCUCCUGCCCACCUGGGACACACGGGCUUCUUUGUGAAGUGAACAUGGAUGACUGUGCCCCCAAGCCUGGUUCUUGGGAACCUCGCUGUCUAAAUGGAGGACAGUGUAUGGAUGGCGUGGGCCGUUACACGUGCUCCUGCCCUCCAGGAUUCGUUGGAGAACACUGUGAGGGAGAUCUCAAUGAAUGCCUGUCUGGGCCCUGCCACGCCCCCGGCAGCCUCGACUGUGUGCAACAGGUCAAUGAUUACCAGUGUCGCUGUCGCCUCGGAUACACGGGUCGUCAUUGUGAGUCCAUGGUGGAUCUGUGUCUGUCUAAGCCGUGUCAUCACGGUGGUGUCUGCUCCAUGAACAUGAGCUCAGUACACGGCUACACCUGCUCCUGUGUUCCUGGCUUUACUGGGUUCAACUGUGGUGAAAUAGAAGGCUACAGCUGUGCUAAGCUACAUUGCCAGAAUGGCGGGCGCUGCGUUGAGUCAUCAGCUGGCAUCCUGUACUGCCAGUGCCAGUCAGGCUUCAAUGGGCCACACUGUGAGAAUGAUCAGAGGUGUCUGACACCCUGCCAAAACGGAGGAACCUGCAUCAAAGACCCAUCCAACCCAUUCCAGUACACCUGCCGCUGCCCCACGCACUUCUCUGGACGAUACUGUGAGAACAAAUUACAAUCCUGCCCCUAUCUGCAGUGUGUGCAUCACGCAGGGGAUAAAGUGUGUGAUGAUCAGUGUAACAACCAUGAAUGUCAGUGGGAUGGAGGAGACUGCUCACUCAACUGGCGGCAGCCUUGGGUUAACUGCACCGCCAGCGUUCCCUGCUGGGAUCUCUUUAAAAACGGACGUUGUGAUAAAGAGUGUGACAACCCUGGUUGCCUCUUUGACAGCUUUGAGUGCCAGGACACUGCAACUGCCCUCUGCAAGUAUGACAAGUAUUGUGCAGACCACUACAGCAAUGGUGUGUGUGACCAGAGCUGCCACACGGAGGCCUGUGGCUGGGACGGCCUGGACUGUUCAAGUGACACUGCGCCCAAAGUGAUAGACGGCACUCUGGUAAUCGUGGUUCGGCUGCAACCUAAGGAGCUGAUUGGUGACUUGAAAGGUUUCUUGCGCUCCUUGGGAGCCCUGUUACACACCAAUCUGCGGGUGAAGCUGAAUGAAAAAAAGGAGCCUAUGGUAUACCCAUACUUUGCAGAGGCGGAGCAGGGACGACACAUACAGAGGAGCAGGAGCAAGCGGGAGCUGGACAAGGAGGUUAUUGGGUCUGUGGUGCACCUGGAAAUUGAUAACCGCGAAUGUUCCCAGAGCUCUAACUACUGCUUCUCCAACACUAAUGAGGCUGCGUCCUUCAUUGCAGCAGCACAUAUCAAGGCUGACCUGCCUUACCCUCUAGUGUCUGUUAACAGUGACCCGACCAUUCCACCGGAGUCUCUUCAACCUGUGUUUUACCUGAUUGCUGUGGCUGUGGUAGUCAUCCUGCUCAUUCUGGUGCUGGGGAUGCUAGCAGCCAAGAGGAAGCAUAAACAUGGUGUCCUGUGGCUGCCUGAUGGCUUCAUGGCCAAUAAAAAUGACAAGAGGAGGGAACCUGUUGGACAAGAUGACUUUGACAUGAAGAAUUUCAAGACACAGGAUGGAUCCAUGAUUGAAGGAGGUCAGAGGUGGCUGGAGGACGAGGUUCCAUCCAAGAAACCAAGAACUGAAGACAAACCCUUGCUGCCCAUUGCUAUGGAUGGAGGUGUUGAUCGAAGGGAGUGGACUGUGCAGCAUCGCAAAGCUGCUGACAUCACUCUCACUCCCCCGCAGGCCGACCUGGACACUGACUGUCUGGAUGUUAACGUCAAGGGACCUGACGGCUUCACUCCACUGAUGUUGGCAUCGCUGCGUAACGGCGGAGGCCCAGACUGUAGCAUUCACGGAGAAGAGGAGGAGGAGAGUGGAGGAGAUGAACCGGGACCUAGUGUCAUCUCAGACCUGAUCGCUCAGGGUGCCUCACUGAUGGCCCAGACUGACCGCACAGGAGAAACAGCACUACACCUGGCUGCCCGCUAUGCCAGGGCUGAUGCUGCUAAGAGGUUGCUGGACGCUGGAGCCGAUCCCAACGCUCAUGACAACAUGGGCAGAACUCCCUUGCAUGCCGCUGUGGCAGCUGAUGCACAGGGAGUCUUCCAGAUUUUGAUCCGUAAUCGUGCCACAGAGCUAGAUGCCCGUAUGAAUGACGGCACCACCCCACUGAUCCUGGCAGCCAGGCUCGCUGUGGAGGGCAUGGUGGAAGAGCUGAUCCACUGCCAUGCUGACAUCAAUGCUGUAGACGACCACGGUAAAUCUGCUCUUCACUGGGCAGCAGCAGUCAAUAAUGUGGAGGCCACUCUCGUGCUUCUGAAGAACGGAGCCAAUCGUGACAUGCAAGACAAUAAGGAGGAGACUCCACUGUUUCUUGCAGCCAGAGAAGGCAGCUUUGAGGCAGCUCAGGUACUCCUCGACCACUACUCCAAUCGUGACAUCACUGAUCACUUGGAUCGGCUGCCUAGAGACACCGCUCAUGAGCGUAUGCAUCAUGACAUAGUCCGCCUGCUGGACCAGUACAAUUUGGUUCACAGUCCACACAAUGGGGCUAAUCCCAUGGGUGGAGGAGGAAACUCUGUCAUGUGUGGGGCCAACGGAGCAGGCUUCAUUGGCAUGCGUCCCGGGCCACAGGGGAAGAAGAGCAGGAGGGGAGGAGGGGGGGCGAAGGUGGGAGGUGUUGGCGGCGGUGCAAAGGAGCUAAAAGACAUGAAGGCGAAACGAAGAAAGAAGCCCGCUGGAGGAGAGGGGCCAGGUGUGGAUGGUGGAGUAGGGGGAGGAAGCGGAGGAGGCACAGGAGGAGGGAACACAAAUGGCGUCAAGGCAGCAGGAGGACUUCCAGAGAGCUCUGUCACCAUGUCACCUGUUGACUCGCUGGAAUCACCACACUCAUACACAGGCGACGUGUCUGGCGCCGUCUCCACCACGGCAAACUCCCCUCCCCUCCUGAGCAGCCCCACCUCCAGGCCAAUGCUGCCUCCUGUCAGCCACAUGCUGGGACAGCAGCAGGGCUGGGUGGGCAUGGGCAAACACGGCUACAGCGGCCACAUGUUCGGCCUCGUCCCGCACCAGAUGGGGGGAUCCCACACCGGCAUGGGCCAGCACCACAGCCAGGGCCCCAUGCUGACCCCUAUGAAUGUCACGAUGAGCAGGGAGCAGCUGCCUCCCAUCGUCACGUUCCAGAUGAUGGCCCCGGGUGGAGGCCAAGCUAUGCUGAAGCAGUCGCAGCCAAGGCAGGUCCAGGUCACACAGUCCCAGGGACAGAACCAGAAUCAGGCUCGCUCUCAGCAGGGGCCAGGCCACCACCACUGCACCCAGGGUAUGAUGUACCAGAUGCCCGAGCAGAUGAGCAUGGGGCACGGGCUCUCCCACACCCUGCAGCAUCCCCACACCGUCAGCCACGGAGGGAUCGAUAGCCAAUCUCGGCCGCUGCCAUCUUAUCCGCCCAUGCAGAGCCCCGUGGAUAAAUACCCCACACCGCCCUCCCAGCACAGCUACACCACCGCCGGCUCAGAGGGCACCACCCCCGGCCACUCGGCUCACCCACCCAGCGAGCACCCUUAUCUCACCCCCUCACCUGAAUCCCCAGACCCCUGGUCGUCCUCUUCGCCUCACUCCAACUCAGACUGGUCUGAUGUCACCACCAGCCCCACACCUCUGGGUAACCCCCACCAUGCACUGCCGUCGUCACACCGCACACACAUUCCAGAGCAGGUGCAGCUGCAGCCGCAGUCGCAACAGAUGCAGCAGCCCUCUCAACAGCCUCAGCUCGGAAACAUGCAGGUGUUUGCGUAGGCCGUACUGUGGAAAGCAUAAACAGACUGACUUUGGGGUUCUGUGUAGUAAAACUCUGACACAUAGAAACUCAUAAGUGCUUUUCUCACUUCUCUGUUAAUCUUCUUUGUUCUUCAUCAUAGUACUCACACCUCGCCUUUUUAUGUUUUCUUUUCCUCUUUGCACUUAUAUAGUUUCUAAAGCGUCAAUGAGUGUUGUCAGCUAGAAAUCAAAUGUUUUCAAUACCAAAAAGUGUGGAGUAAGCUGAGACAAGCUAAUUUUAUUUUUCCUUUGUUGUUCCCUCGAUCCCAGCCAAACAUGCUCUGCUCUCUGUGGGCGGAGUCAAGAGUCCUGUUUUGGGCUUUUGGCACCAAAACACAAACUUUUUAUCGAGGGAUCAUUGAGGAACUGCCGACCAGAUGGCGGUCGGCUGGUAUUGCAUCAGAGAAACAGAACGUUGAGAUGGACACUGAGAUAGGACCGAGGAUGUUCUGCAUUGAUAUUAUUGGAGGACAUUGUUAUUUCUUUCUGCUAUACGCUAUCAUUAUGUUGUUUUAAUGUGAUAAAGCCUGCCAAUACUAACUCCUUGUUGAAACCACUCACUCUAUUUUUUUUUAUUUUUUUUUUUAAGAUUGCUCGUAUUCAGUUAAUGCUUUCAUUCUCAAAGCAGAAAACCACCUAGUUGUUUCCUUAUUGUGUUUUUUUGUUACUUGUGCAAAAGGGGGAUUUUUAUAAAUGACUGUAACAUGAUCAGAAAAAUUACAGAUUAGAAAGAAAAUCCACUCAGAGAAUCCUGUUACUAUGUGGUUCUUAACUUCUUUUGUAAACAACUUAAAUGUAUUUUAGUACAUUGAUUGCGAUUAGUGUUUCCCAUUAAUAGAGACAGUUCAUUAAAUGCAGUUUUUACUUGCAAGGAUGUAAAUAGAAACUAAUGUAUUAUCCAUGUUUUAAAGGCAGUUACUGUUACAGAAAUCAGAGUUCACACGGACACAGUCAUACUGUGUUUCUAAUGAUGUUGCCACAUAUGGUGCCACCACUAUAUACUUCAUGUGUUUUUGAGGGAUUCAUUCAGAAGCUUGACAAACUUUAUGCAAAAACAUACAUUAGUUUUGUCACACUGUUACUGUUGUGUUACCAGGUUUAGUAUGUUUAAAUGUACAUAGACUUAUAGCACACUCUGCUCAUAGUUUACUUGGCAAAGGCCUUUUUCUGUUUUUUUAUAUGAAUACUGUUCGCACUUCUUGAAUGAUUCUGAAUGUUUCUGAGGUGCAUGUUUUUUUCCCUUUUAAAGUGCCUCUUUUUUUAAAUGUUUUAUCUUCAAAAUAAAUCAUAACCAGUUUUGCCUUUUGUUUAACUACAAUCAGUAUAUCUGUGCACCUUUUUUUUUAAUUGCAAUGAUUCAUAAACCAAGUCUGGAGUUAGGUUUAAUAAGUUUCCUUCUUAAAGUUUAGGUUGAUCAUGUUUUGUAUGACUACUCUGUUAAACACAGACAAUCAUUUACUGUUAUAAAACUUAAAAAAAGGAACAUCAAUGUCUGCAAGACCAAAUUAUUCUUUUUUUCAGCCAAAAAUGUAUUUUCAAAUGUCUGUUGAUUGUUCUUGUGAUCCAGAAAAGACUCAAGUCAGACACACAGCACACAUAUCCUAAACCAAGAAUUUUCGUUUUGUUUGGAAUUACUACUGUGUGUGUGAACAAGCCAAAUUAUUCAUGUUUCAUUCAUAUUCCCAAUGCCUGUACUGACAAUGGAUGUCCCUGCAGUUUCACAAAACACAUGUACUGUUCAUUGAGGUGUCAGUCAACAUCAAACCUUUUAAAAACGUUUUAUCAUAGCAUGUUACCUUCCGCACAUACAGUUGGCAAAAGCUGUGUAUCUAUUUUCUGUAUAUAAAAUGUUUUUAAUCUUUAUGUUUCUUUCCUCUGUUAACCAAAUAUCCUAUAAUAUUCAUGUCAUAUGAAGUAGUUGUCACCAUGUUUGUAUAAGGUAGAACUAAAACUGAUAAGUUGUCCGUUGGGAAAAAAAAAAAAAAAGAUCAACCAAAUGUGCUUACUUAAAUAAAGCAGAGGUCUUCGUA